AGCUUUUCAUUCACUGCUCUUGUCAUAGAUGCUUACGUGUAUUGGAACAGUCUGUGCUUCUGCACUGCAGUGUUGAGGCGCUGUCUGUCUUUGUGGUGUUGGCUUUUGUGGACACGUGCUGUGUGGGAACUGCUGAGUCAUGGCCUGAACCUCUGACUGAUCACCUGAGGUGAGCAGUGAGUCAGGCAGAGGAGCACAGGUGAAGGCAAUGCAGCUGUGCUGCUGGAAGGGGUGCAGCCAGGCUACAGCCCUCCUAGACCUGUUUAAGAGCUGGCUACCAGUGGGGAAGGAUCUCGUCUGGAGAUCUGCUCUGCUGGAGUUUUGUAAGUGAGCCCAGGAUAGGGACUACUCCAACGUACUUGGCCAAGCUGCUUUUGCAGAUGCCUCAAAACAAACCCACAGAGUUCAUGGAUUCAGCCAUCUUCACGCUGCAUAACUACGCAUCCAGUCAGAGAGAGGAAUCUCUGCUGUUGCGGCUGUUGCAAACAGCAUUGCAGGAAGAGAUCAAUUUUGAGAUGCGCUCUUUCAACCGUGGUGCCCGUGGUCAGAACGCACUGAGGCAGAUCUUGGCCCCAGUUGUGAAGGAAAUAAUUGAGGACGAAUCGCUCAACGUCAGAACGGAUCCAGUGGAUAUUUACAAGUGCUGGGUGAACCAGAUGGGAUCUCAGAAUGGUGAGGCCGGCAAGUUGCCGUACGAUGUUACACCUGAACAAGCUCUUAAUCACGGUGAGGUGAGGAUGCACCUGGAUGCCUCAAUCCGAGAUGUGAAGGCAGUGACAGACAAGUUCCUGUCUGCCAUCGUUGUUCAGCUGACCAAAUCCCAUAAUUACGGGAUGCGUUUCAUCGCCAAGGUACUGAAAGACUCCCGGCAUGACAAGUUUCCUGAUGCUGGCGAGGAUGAGCUGCUGAAGAUUGUUGGCAACUUACUCUAUCACCGCUACGUGAAUCCGGCCAUGGUGGCACCGGAUGCAUUUGACCUAAUGGAUCUUUCAGCUGGAGGGCAGCUGACUGCAGAUCAACGAAGAAACCUUGUUGUUGCAAAGAUGCUGCAGCAUGCUGCGUCCAGCAAGAUGCUCAUGGGAGACGGUGCACACCUGAGCAUCGUGAAGGAAUACUUGUCACAGUCAUCCCAGAAAUUCAGACGCUUAUUUCAGGUUGCUUGUGAGGUUCCUGAAUUGCAGGAUCAAUUCAGUAUUGAUGAAUAUUCUGGCUUCCUUCCUUGUCUAUCCCUUCUGCAGAGCUUAUAGCCAUCAAUCUCAACGCUCCAGUCAUGGGAGCAGUCCCACCAUGUUUCAGUAACAGCAGCUAGAUCGUAGUUAGCCUGGUGCACAAUGGCUUCCAGUUCCUCCUGCUUGUUGCUCAUGCUG